UCGCAAGCCAGCUCGAGUUGGCAUCAGUGACAGUGAAGUAAGACUGGGGCUAAAGUGGAAGAAGUAGAACGAGCAACGAGGCAGGGACAGGCAGAAGUAGCGUGUCGUGCAUGGACAGGGACGGCAGAUAGAGGUGGGCUUGGCGGGGGUAAAAGGCGAUGCUGUGAUCGUGGAGAGUUUUAGUUUAGGUCUCACAGAAGAACGGCGGCAUGUGCGGAGUGUGUAUGCUGCCUUGAGCGGGGGAAGGAAACCCCUUCACUGCCAAAUUUGGCAACCAGGGAGGAGAAAUGCCAUUUUCAGUUGUUUUGCUGCGGAGCGCAGACGGAUAGGGGCGCUGGUGAUGCUUGCCCGUUGGGGAUCGCCGCUUUGCUAAGGAAAACUGGGCGGCUGAGGAUGUUGAUUUUGUGCGAAUCAUGGCAAAUGGAACUGGCACAAUUAUGCUGAAAUGCGUGGUCGUUGGCGACGGUGCUGUAGGCAAAACUUGUCUGUUAAUGAGCUAUGCCAACGACGCUUUCCCCGAGGAGUAUGUCCCCACAGUGUUUGAUCAUUACGCAGUGAGUGUCACUGUUGGAGGGAAGCAGUACCUACUAGGACUAUAUGACACUGCUGGGCAGGAAGACUAUGAUCGCUUGAGGCCUUUAUCCUAUCCCAUGACCGAUGUCUUCCUCAUCUGCUUCUCCGUGGUGAACCCGGCCAGCUUCCUGAAUGUGCGGGAGGAGUGGGUCCCCGAGCUAGAGGAGUAUGCCCCCAGCGUCCCCUUCCUGCUCAUCGGAACCCAGAUCGACCUUCGAGAUGACCCAAAAACCAUCGCCAAACUCAACGACAUGAAGGAGAAACCCAUCACGACAGAGCAGGGUCAGAAACUGGCCAAGGAGAUAGGCGCCUGUUGCUAUGUGGAGUGCUCGGCUCUGACGCAGAAGGGGCUCAAGACGGUCUUCGACGAAGCCAUCAUCGCCAUCCUCACGCCGAAGAAGAGCGCGCUGAAGAGACGGCUGGGGUCGCGCUGCAUCAACUGCUGCCUCAUCACGUGAGAGGGACGGAGAGAGAGAGCGACAGACAGCGAGAGAGGAGG